UUUCAACUCCAUCAGAAAAAAAGAAGGAUUUUCCACAUUUUCUGGCAACAAUUUAGCACGAAACAAAAUCAAAAGUGCGAGCCGAAUUCACGGGUUUCAAUCUAUCAGCUGCAUGAAGAAGAAGUAGAAUUAGGUGUAGACAUCAAGGAUAGUUUUGGAUUCAAGAGAAAUAUGGUUAUCGGCGUGGUUACCACUGCUCAGUCCGCCGGUUUGGUUUUCCGUCGCCGUCUGCAAGCUAUUGCUACGCCGUUUUCUCCUUUUAUCAGGUUACGCCCUCCACGACGGCCGAAUACCUGUCUCAUCCCUAGUAGGCUUGACUCUUUUAGUUUAAGGUGUUCAUUCACUGACACUGAUGUCUGUGACUAUGUUGCUAAUGAUGAAGUCGAUGAGGAUCAUACUACAUCUCCUUGUUCAGUUCCAGUUGUUCGUCUGAAAUCUGAUUGCCUGGACGCAGAAGGACUUCAUUUACUUGGUGGCAAUUUUGUGGAUACGGUAUUCACAGCAUUGCCUGUCUUGUCCGAAGAGGAGCAGAACACCAUUGCUUCAACUCCUGCUCAUCCAGCUGGACUCUAUGCUUUAUACGCUAGCUGCUUGGUCGGGAAUUUGGUUGAACAGCUGUGGAAUUUUGCUUGGCCUGCUUCUAUUGCAUUGAUUCAUCCAAGUCUUCUUCCAGUGGCUGUCAUGGGCUUCUUUGCGAAGCUUGCUGUAAUAGUUGGAGGGCCUUUGGUAGGGAAGCUGAUGGACUGCUUUCCAAGAGUGCCUGCAUAUAAUUGUUUGACUGUUAUCCAGGUUGCUUCUCAAUUGUUAUCCGUUGGAAUGAUAAUUAAUUCAAAUAUUAUACACCCCAAUUCUGUGUCUCCUGUACUUCUCCAACCUUGGUUUGUUAUGCUUGUAUUAGCUCUAGCCAUAGAGAGGCUCUCCGGACUAGCUCUAGGGGUUGCUAUGGAGCGUGAUUGGGUUGUUUUGUUAGCAGGAACAAAUAGACCGGUUGCUCUCGCUCAAGCAAAUGCAAUGCUUAGUAGAAUUGAUCUACUCUGUGAGAUUGCAGGGGCAUCAUUAUUUGGCAUAUUGUUAUCUAAGUAUGAACCUGUGAUGUGCUUAAAACUAGCAGCUAGCUUGAUGAUGUGUUCACUGCCCAUUUUGAUUUUCCUCACAUGGCUAACGAACAAGCUUUCUGCUGGUGUUCUGGCCCAUGCCAAAUCUCUACAAACUGGUUCUGGAUGUUCACCUACAGGAUAUUCCCAUGAGACUGAAAAUAUAUUGACAUCAGGUAUACAUGCUAUAAAGCAUGGAUGGUUUGAAUACAUUCAGCAGCCUGUUCUGCCGGCAAGCCUGGCCUAUGUUUUACUCUUCUUCAACGUUGCUCUUGCUCCUGGCGGCCUAAUGACUGCUUUCUUAACACAUCAUGGUCUAAAUCCUUCAAUUAUUGGAGCCUUCAGUGGAUUAUGCGCUUUCAUGGGUGUCACGGCAACUUUUGUGUCCACAAAAAUGGUCAACCAACUAGGCAUUCUGAAGGCUGGAGCAGCUGGUCUUGUCUUUCAGGCUUCACUUCUUACCAUAGCAGUUGGUGUAUAUUGGAGUGGUUCUUUUUCUCACAAGAUUCCACUCAUGUUGUUUUUGUUUUUAGUUGUAUUGUCUAGACUGGGGCACAUGUCAUAUGAUGUUAUAGGGGCACAGAUUUUACAAACUGGGAUCCCUGCCUCUAAAGCUAAUCUCAUUGGAACAACUGAGAUUUCAUUUGCUAGUUUGGCAGAGUCGAUAAUGCUAGGGGUUGCCAUAAUUGCAAAUGAUGUUUCACAAUUUGGAUUUCUGGUGAUGCUGUCGCUUCUGUCAGUAGUUGGAGCAGCUUGUUUAUACUGUAGAUGGUUGAAGAAACCAACUGACAUUCAACGAGAUCUUUUUUCUUUUGAGCUGCUGCAGUCUUCAUAAACUGCAGGGCUAACUUCAGCAACUGAAAUGAAACUGGAUUCAAGUAUGAGGUGGAGUUAUCUCUAACUGGCUAGAAGCCUUAAGUAUAACAUCCUGUCACUCAGAUACUAGCCGUGGCAGUACGAAGAAGGCAUUUCCCAUGGUAUACGUACAUGAUAGCUCAUCAGAUGGCAAUGAUCAUGUACACAUAUGAUAUCAGUCAGAAUAGUCUCUUUCUAUAGGCAGGCUGUAAAUACAUACACAUACUUUCUAAUCAAUUGUUCAAGAAAUGUAAUUUCCUUUCGCUAAGCAUCUAUUCUUCUGUAUGUGGACACCAUUAUACGAGCGACCAUCCUGAGAAGAGAAGAGCUAUGGUGCAUUAAUUUAGAAGUUUAGCAAUGGCCUGCAACUGAAGGGAAAAGAUGGCAUGCAAAUAUCAGCAAUCAUGAAAAUACAGUCUACCAAUAUAUGACAUUCAUUUAUUUUGGUACGUUUUUAAUAGUCGGCUUGCCUUGUGGCUGGUCCCUUUUAUUGCUCGUCUUUUCAUCUGUUUGGUACACUUUACCGAAUAAUUCACUGUUGAUAAAUGCGAGUGAGCAAGAUGGAUACAAAAUGAUGGAAAUUUAUUGAAUCGGAGUACUGAACAUAGAUGCAUUUGAUUAUUGCUUCUUGAAGUGGUACUGCAGCUUUGCUAAAGAUAGCCGAUGAAGUAAAACAUAAUCGAGUGGCAGAACAGGGCUUGCGGGAGGAACAAUCGGAGAGAUUCAGGCUUUGUUCACUGUGGACCACCAAUUUGCUGUCAAACAAUAACAGUAAUGAUCUUUUCUUUUCUCUCCCUUGUUGUAUAUGCAUGUGCUGUAACAUCUGCUUUGAUGAUCUUUAUCUGUGGGGAUAUGAAAGGUGCUAGUUUCAUUAAAGUUUCUA